UUGGUGGCGGGUGUGUCGUUUUGCGGUGCUCAAAUUAACAACAUGCAAUCAAUGGCACUGUUCUUGCUGGCUCUGGCGUCGGGUGCUAUGGCCGUCGACCCCGGCCUUUCCGCCUCUCCUUGGGUUGACACCUCGAUGUGCCCUCCCGCCGACACCCUGAUGGUGUGCCAGCUGAAGAAGGGCCAGUGCUCCCCCCUGAACGCAGUGUUCUCCCCCAAGGGCGGCCCCGUCAAGGCCAUCACCGACUGCGCCAACACCACCGGCGUCGUCCUCGGCCCGCAGUUCUUCAUGAGCAUUGGUCUAGCCUUUGUCACUGGGAAGCCAGAAAGCCUGCCUGACAUGAUUUCCACUGACGCCGCCUCGCAGACAGCCAUCCGCCGCUGUUCUCUCAACGCCACUGGCCUGCUCGGCAACGGCACGACACUCAACCGCACUCCAUGAGCCCCCCUUCCACCGUAAGAACAGCGACCAUAGGCAUUCCACCGAACACGGGUUCCCCUUACUCCAUGCAAACGCCGCCUGCAGCAGCGCCCUUUGCCUGGCCUGGACCUGCCGUGAGGACUCUCUCCUUCACCGGCGUUCCUGGGGCGAUGGCUCAGGUUCCGACGCUCUAAACAAAGGCCUUGUUUUCCUUGUCAUUAAUGGUGUGAAGGUGGUAAGCAUGCGCCGUGCUGGGAUUCACAUUCAUAAGUAAAAUACAUCUCACGCUUCGAGUCAAACUGUAAUCCUCAUCAAAUGAUAA